UCUUGACGUAGCGCACGGACCGGUUGCGGUGCUCCGUAGCACGUAUUGCGCAACGUGACUGAUGCUCCAGCUGGCACCGCGGCUGACACGUCCGGGCCAGCUCUCGCCGUUUGUGCGGGGCUCCGACAGAAAGUGCUGUCCUAACGCCGAGGCGACGAGAGGAAGGAACCGGCGCUGGAGCCGCGGAGCGAGAGGAGCCAUCUCCAUCCUUUCCUAUCCUAACCCCCCCUGCCGGACCGGACCCUCCCCUCCGUCCUCCGUCCCUGCCGCCGGGCUGCGGUCGUGAUGUGACUGCAUCAGCGGGUUUGGAUGAAAUAAGGAGACUACGGGAAGAUUUGUUCCUCCGUUUUUAUGAAGCGGGAGUGAUGAUGGCUGCGUUUGACGGCAGGCAGUGAACGCAGCAUCCGCGGCGCGCGCCCUGACCGCAGCUGGAUGGAUGAUGUCUGAGAGUCCGGAGCCUCCGUCCGCCUCCAGCCCUGCGAGCCCGGCCAACCCUAGCUCUGCUGCCUUUUGAGGGUGAUAAAUAACUCCAUGGACACACGUCAGGCUGUCGGCGGAGCGGACCUACCUGGAGUCGAGGAGAGGUUUUUGCUGUAAAGGCCGGGCUCCCGGCGCCUGCAUCCCUGCAUCCCUGCCUCCUCACAUCCUCACAUCCUCCGCGGCGACUGUGCGCCGCGAGCGCUCUACAAUUUCCCCCCCUGCAUGACAUUUUUACUCAAAACACACUCGUAUCCGAGCCUGUCUGCCUCAAAUAUAGGUGAAACCUGCACAGAAGAAGAGAACAGCGGGACUUGAUUAACUGACGCGUCUAUGCAGCUCAGCCGCACCGCCCCGAAAAGGACUUCCUGCUAUACUGAGAGCUGGAUAUGCAGAGAUUAACGUGAAAAGAUGGAUCUAAUGUUCGCUGUUUUGGGGCUACUGGGGCUCAUCGUUGAAGGCAUACGUUGCCAAGGAGUGUAUGCGCCUCCGACUGUCCGUAUCAUACACUCAGGUCACGCCUGCAAUGUUGAGGAGGAGCGGCACACAGAGAGAGUGUACACCAUCAGGGAGGGAGAGACCCUGGAGCUCACCUGUCUGGUGACGGGCCAUCCUCGACCACAGAUCCGAUGGACGAAGACAGCUGGCAGCGUGUCGGACCGCUUCCAGGACUCCAGUGUGUUCAACGAGACGUUGCACAUUGCGAAGAUCCAGAGGACCCAGGGGGGUCGCUACUAUUGCAAGGCUGAGAACGGCCUUGGUUCUCCAGCUAUCAAGUCCAUCAGGGUGGACGUCUACUACCUGGACGACCCGGUGAUUACGGUGCACCAGAGUAUAGGAGAGGCUAAGGAACAGUUCUAUUACGAGAGGACUGUAUUUCUGCGCUGCGUGGCCAAUUCCAACCCGCCUGUCCGCUACAGCUGGCAUCGUGGGAGAGAGGUCCUGACACAGGGCUCGGACAAGGGGGUGGAGAUCUACGAGCCAUUUUUCACACAGGGGGAAACAAAGAUUCUGAAGCUGAAGAACCUGCGUCCUCAGGAUUACGCCAACUAUAGCUGCGUCGCCUCUGUCAGAAAUGUGUGCGGCAUUCCUGACCGGAGUGUCAUCUUCAGGCUAACCAACAAGACAGCUUCCCCAUCCAUCAAGCUGCUGGUGGAAGAUCCCAUCGUGGUGAAUCCUGGUCAGACGGUAUCUUUGGUGUGCAUCACCACCGGAGGAGAGCCGCCUCCAAUCCUCACUUGGAUCACCAGCAACGACAGCCUGCCACAGAGGAGCGUGGUGAAAGGGGGCACGCUCACGCUCCCAGCCAUCACCUCAGACGAGUCCGGCGUCUACAGCUGCGUGGCCAGCAACAACGUGGGAAACCCGGCCAAGAAGUCCACCACCAUCGUGGUGAGAGCUUUGAAGAAGGGUCGAUUCUGGAUCACUCCUGAUCCCUACCACAAUGAUGACAACAUCCAGAUUGGACGUGAAGUCAAAAUAUCGUGUCAGGUGGAGGCAACACCUCCGGAGGAGCUGACAUUUGGCUGGCUGAAGAACGGUCGCGCCCUGCGGAGCUCGGAGCGUAUGGUCAUCACCCAGACGGACCCCGACAUCUCACCCGGAACCACCAACCUGGACAUCAUAGACCUGAAGUUUACCGACUUCGGCACGUACACCUGCGUGGCGGCGUUGAAGGGCGGAGGCAUCCCCGAGAUCAGCAUCGAUGUCAACAUCUCCUCCACUACUGUCCCUCCUCUGUUUUUCUCUUUCUUAGUUCCCCCCAACCUGACAGUCCCUCGGGGCAAGUCCCCCCUGGUGGCCCGCGAGGGUGACACAGUGGAGCUGGAGUGCCUUGUUUCAGGAAAGCCCAAGCCGAUCAUCCUGUGGUCGCGAGCGGACAAGGAGGUGCCCAUGCCGGACGGCAGCAUGCAGAUGGAGAGCUACGACGGCGUGCUGCGGAUUGUUAACGUCUCGAGAGACAUGACGGGCUCGUACCGCUGCCAGACCAGCCAGUAUAACGGGUUCAACGUGAAGCCUCGGGAGGCCGUGGUGGAGCUGAUCGUACAAUACCCUCCAACAGUGGAGCCCGUGUACACGGAGAUGCGGCAGGGCCUCGGCAGGCCGGUGGUGAUGACCUGCAGGGUGCUGCGAGCCCACCCUUCCCGGGUGCUGCGCUUCGAGUGGCUACUGUCCAACCGGCUCCUCCACGCCGGAGCCUUCGAGGCCCAUAAAGACGAGACGGAGUACACCAUCCGCAGCCUGAAUCGAGAUGGCUGGGGCGAGUACACCUGUAAUGUCAUCAACGAGGCUGGAGCAGGCAGAUGCACCUUCCAAGUUACAGGUAAGGCCUACCCUCCAGAGUUCUACUAUGACACCUACAGCCCUCUGUGGCAGAACAGACCCAGAGUCUACGGUUUCAAGCUCCAGUGGACCCAAAUGAACCCCAACGCGGUGGAUCGCAUCGUCGCCUACAGACUGGGCAUCAGACAGAUGGGGCUGCAGCGCUGGUGGGAGCAGGAGAUCCCUGUGGAUGGAGCGCUCAACAAAGGAGAGCUAAUGACACACAACCUGACAGAGCUGAUAAAACCUGAGUCUUAUGAGGUGCGCCUCACCCCCAUCACGCGCUUCGGAGAGGGUGACGCCGCCAUCCGGAUCGUCACCUACAGCGCUCCCAUCAACCCUCACCUGCGGGAGUUCCACUGCAGCUUUGAGGAGGAGCCCAUCUGCAUGUUCACCCAGGACAAAAAUGACGACUUUGACUGGACCCGGCACAGCGCUGCCACCCGCGACACCAAGUACACGCCCAACACCGGUCCCAGCGCCGACCGCAGCGGCUCCAAGCAGGGUUUCUACAUGUACAUCGAAACAUCGAGGCCUCGCAAGGAAGGGGACCAGGCGCGGCUCAUAAGCCCGUUUUUCAACGUAGCACCUAAGAACCCUUACGGUAUCAACAACCCACCUGCGUACUGCUUCGGCUUUUUCUACCACAUGUACGGAAAACACAUAGGAACACUUAAUGCCUUCCUAAAGCAGAAGAGCCAAACAGCUUCAGAGGCUCCUGUGUGGUCGCUAAGUGGUAACCAAGGUGAACGGUGGAAGCAAGCCAAAGUAAGCAUCCACCCAACGUCGUCCUUCCAGGUGGUUCUGGAGGGAAUCCGGGGCCCGGGGAUCGAGGGGGACAUAGCCAUUGAUGAUAUCACGCUGGAGGAAGGGGAGUGUCGAGACCCACCGCCUAAUAUCAGCGCCAAGGCCCUGUCCGCCUCCUCCCAUAUAUGGCUGCUAUGUGUCACCUUGGCGCUGACCCUCCUGCCGGGUCAGAGGUGACGCUGUUCUCUGUCAUCUCAGAGGCGAAUGUGCAGACCCGCCGUCUGUGAGCUAUACCCUCGGCAUCCAGUCACCAAAGAUUCAUGCAUCCUGAACGCAGCAGGCUCCCAUACGCACCACAAACCACUGAGGGAGGCAGAGUUUAAGAACGUGAGACCGGACGAGAAGUAACAAAGAAGACACGUACUUUUUUUUUUUUCUCCGUUGAAGAGACCUCUUUUUUGAAAAAAGACCCCUCGGUGCAGGACUUGAGACGUGUUUACGAGCACAAAGACAGGUUGGUUUAUGACUGAGCCUGGACUUUGGCAGAGAAGAGGGAGAACAGUUUGUAAAGCACAAGAAUCAUUUUACGAAGCUCUGGAAAUAUCUUUGGACGGUGGCGGAAAUAAAGACACUGCUGACUUUUUGAAUAUGAAGUAACAUUUCCCUCCUUACAAAAAACACGGAAUCGUCCCUUUCUCUCAUCAUUGUUAUCUUCAUUUUAUUGCACCAGAUGCCAAUCACCGACACUUGUUUUUCACUCCGGCCCAGCCUCACGUUCCCAAUCUGGCAUUUCUUUAUCUGCUUGGUGCUGUUCUGUUGAAUCACACGGACUCUGGCGACAUUUCUUUCUGUCUGCUUCCUCCCCUGUAGCUGCCUAUGUAUCUUUUAACACUGUGCUCACGCGUCCAAGUGGCCAACGGUACGGUGGCAGAAAAACUAACGCAGACGAGUCGGUUGCGGGUGUAGAUAGUUGGACCGGAGGGCACAAAAACAAGUU